AAAAGCAUCUGACAAAUACUGCUUGCAGAUAUUAUUACAUAAAGCGAGAAGUUAUUCACAGACUAGGCACAGCGUAUUGUUCAACUUCUGUCUAUUUUAUAUUUUAUGUAUGUAUUUCAUAAUUUUACACUGUGCUAAAUCCUAGACAAUAAGUCUACUUCUGACAAAGUUUCGAAACCGUACUGAGGUUUACGACAUGAUCCUAAUCUCUAGUUGCGUCAAGUUUCCAGAUGAGCAAGUUCUUCUUGGUGAAGCUGCUCGCCGCGCUGUGUCUUGUAGAUUAUGUUGGACUGUUUAUCGCGGUUGCAACUUCGUCGACAUCAAACGAUGACGAUUAUACGAAUAACGUGCGAUAUAACAAAGAAAAACGAAAAAGACCUCACAUUGUGAUCAUCCUCGCGGAUGAUAUGGGUUGGAACGACGUAAGCUUUCAUGGAUCGAAUCAGAUUUUGACACCGAAUAUUGACGCGCUCGCGUACAACGGAGUCAUUCUGAAUCGUCAUUACGUGUUACCGCUGGGCACGCAGAGCAGAUCGUCUUUAAUGACCGGAAAGUACGCGUUUCAUUUGGGCAUGCAACACGACGUUAUUCAUCCGUCGGAGCCACGUGGUCUUCCGUUGAGUGAAAAAUUAUUGCCACAGUAUUUGAAAGAAGUCGGUUACAAGACGCACAUAGUAGGCAAGUGGCACUUGGGUUCGCACAAGAAGGAGUACACUCCGACCUUUCGCGGUUUCGACACGCAUUUCGGCUGCUGGAACGGUUUUCAGGACUAUUAUAGCCACGUUGCGACAGAGUCAGUCGCGGAAAUUGGCGAAGAAAGAUUUGCACGCGGAUUCGAUAUGAGACGAAACAUGUCGGUCGCGUGGGACACGGCGGGCAAAUAUUCGACGGAUCUCUUCACCGAGGAAGCUGUGCGGAUAAUCGACGCUCACAAUCCGAACGAUCCAAUGUUCUUGUAUUUGUCUCAUCUUGCCCCGCACAGCGGAAACGGAUUGUUGCAAGCUCCCGAGGAAGAAAUCGCCAAGUUUUCGUACAUCAAGAAUCCAGAGAGAAAAAUUUACGCAACUAUGGUUUCUAAAUUGGAUCAGAGCGUUGGCGAGGUCAUGGAAGCUCUGAAAAAUCGUCGAAUGUUGGAAAAUAGUAUCGUUCUCUUUAUGUCCGAUAACGGAGCACCGACUGACGGUAUCUGGCAAAAUUACGGCAGUAAUUAUCCUCUUCGUGGUAUAAAGGCGUCUCCUUGGGAAGGUGGUGUGCGAGGGGUGGCCGCAAUUUGGAGUCCUUUGAUACAAGAACGCGAACGAGUCUCGAACACCUUGAUGUUUGUAAGUGAUUGGCUGCCCACUUUGUUGUUUGUUGCCGGCGUGAGCGAGGAAAACAUUUCUGUCGAUGGCUUCAACAUGUGGCCAGAAUUGAGUAUGAAAUUGAAUACGUUUACAAGAAGGUACGUGCCCUUAAUCAUUGACGACAUUGAAGGAUACGAGGUCAUUUUUUAUCACAACUGGAAGUUCGUAAACGGUACGAGCAAGUCGUCACGUUUCACCUGGUUGGGUGAUUCCGGUCGGUCGCUUGACGAAUCUCGUCCGCGGUACGUUCCCGAGAGAGUAUUGGAGAGCAAAGCUGGAGCUGCCAUCACCUCGGUGCGAACAAAUCGACGAUUAUCAAAAAUCAGAAAGAAGCGCGUCGAUCGAAUUGAUAAACUGACACCGGCGAAGAUUCUGCAAUUAAGAAAAGAAGCGGAAAUCCAUUGCAACGUGACGGAAAAGGAAAGGGUUCCGUGCAAUUUCUCGGCAUCACCAUGUAUCUUUGAUGUAAACAGAGAUCCUUGCGAGAUGAGAAACGAAGCAUUACACCUUGGCAUGGUAAAUAUAAUAAAAGUACUGAUGCAAAAGCACUUGAAACAUUACAGAUCGAGUGUAGUGCCACCUAAUAACAAACCUCGUGACGCCCGAGCGAAUCCAACGCAUUGGAACAACACUUGGAGUUGUUGGAACGAUCCACCGUUCUUGGUUCUUUGCAAAACACGCGGUAGUAACCGAUCCGCAGUCUUGUCAUUCGUGUUGGCAUCCCUCGUCUUAAUCGUCACCGGGAUAACGAUAUUUAUACUCUUUCGCUCUUUAAAGUUAUGUCUGCACGAAAAUUCUCGCGUAGAAGAAAGCUACGUGUUGUACGAGCUGAACUCAAAAAUGGUACAUUUUAACGAAAUUAGUACAAUCAAUACAAUCGAAAAGGCGCUCAAAACUCUGAUGUGACAAAUCUUGAAGAUCUCAUGACGAUUUAUGAGCGUGUUAGAUGGAGCACCUAGAAAAAAUAUACGAUCUAGUACAAAUUUUACAUGUGCGCGUGUUAUUACAAUACAUCACGUUAGAAAGAAUUUCUGCUCAAGUAAGCGUAUUUAUUACUUUUUUCCUAUUACACGAUAAUAUGCGAUUUUUAAGUUUUCUUCUUUUUAUAUUUUACAGUUUUG